GAUGGGAGACAUCAUUAAGCACUCUAAAGACAAUACUGUGUAUGUUUUGGUGAAUAAACCUCACACAGGCAUACAGAGAGACGGACAAACCCUGGAUAUCACUGUCCAGGGGAGUUAUACCGGAAGUAAAGCCCCCACAGCUACAGCUGAGCUCGUUAAUCUCGCCCAUGACGGCCUCAAGCCGCCAACUGUCUCAGUGGAUGAUGGAACAAAGUACAAUUACAAUGAAGUUUUGAUGAAGUCCAUCAUGUUUUACGAGGCUCAACGAUCAGGAAAGUUACCAGACGACAACAGGAUCACGUGGCGAGGGGAUUCAUCUCUACUGGACCAAGGGGACAACGGGGAGGAUCUCACAGGAGGCUGGUAUGAUGCUGGUGACAACAUUAAAUUUGGCUUCCCAAUGGCAGCAACAACUACGAUGCUGACCUGGGGUCUUCUAAGGUAUAAAGACGCGUACCAACACAGUGGUCAACUGGACAAAAUGUAUGAGUGCAUCAGGUGGCCACUUGAGUGGUUACUGAAAUGUCACACCGGAACCAACGAGUUAUAUGUACAGGUCGGAGAAGGAAAAUCACACUCUACAUGGGACAGACCAGAAAGUAUAACAACUAGGCAACCUGUCUUCAAAGUCGACGAAAAUAAACCCGGAAGUGACGUUGCUGGAGAAUAUGCAGCUGCAAUGGCAGCUGGAUAUUUGGCUUUUAAAGACAAAGAUCCGACAUUUGCUGCCAAACUGCUGCAACAUGCCAAACAAAUCAAUAAUUUUGCUGUCGCUUACAAGGGGAAAUACUCAGACAGUGUCACGGCUGCAGCAGAGUUCUACAGAUCAAAUGACUAUAACGAUGAACUCUCCUGGGCGGGGGUGUGGCUUUAUAAGGCCACUAAUGACAGUAAAUACCUGGCUCAGGCGGAGAAGUACUACGUGUCCGGACCCUCCUGGGGACAGUCGUGGGACGACAAAACUGCCGGCUGUCAGGUUUUGUUGUAUGAAGAAACUGGUAAAGAUAAGUAUAAACAGGAGAUAGAGUCGACCUUUAAUGACUGGAUGCCAGGAGGAAGUAUACCAUACAGUCCUAAGGGACUGGCCUUCAGGAAUCAGUGGGGAUCACUCAGAUACGCAUCCAACAUGGCCUUUCUUGCGCUAUUAUUGGCUGAUGACGGUCUUCAUUCCUCCACUUACCGUGACUGGGCGAAAGGUCAAAUCCAUUACGUCCUUGGGGACACAGGGAGGAGCUUUGUAUGUGGAUUCGGUGUAAACCCACCAGUUCAUCCCCACCACCGGGGCGCUUCUUGUCCCACAAUGCCGGCUCCCUGUGGAAUGGCGUAUUUAACCAGGAAGGGGCCAAAUCCUCACGUGCUAUAUGGCGGCCUUGUAGGAGGCCCGGAUGUACAUGACAGGUACACUGAUGACCGCCAGAACUACCAGAUCAAUGAAGUGGCCUGUGAUUACAACGCUGGCUUCCAGUCAGCUGUGGCAGGUUAG